UAGGAUAAUCUUAAGUUUUCGUAGUAAGUCCGAAGUUUAAGAAUAGCGUCCCAAAACCUUCAACGCUCAAAUGACCUUGAACGCAUGCUAGUCGUUGGCUAACGGUUUCUGUCAUUAUCAUAGCUGAAAUAUCAACCCUAUUCAUCAAAUAAGCAGCAAGUUUCACCCAGAUAACACUUUUAUUACUGUUUGGACAAUGUGUUAACAUCUCGUUAGGGUUAGGAUAGGGGUUAAGGCGAGUAUUGUGGUUAGGGUUAGGGUUAUGGUUUGGGUUUAGGGUUAGGCUUUAGGGUUAGGGUUUAGGGUUAGGGUAGCGAUUAGGAAUAGAUUUUUCGUUUAUUUGAAGUUCGUUUGUUAUCCUUAUUUCCCUUGUAUGUAGUCGCCAAUGCUCUUACUGGAACCAUAGUAAUUAAACCGAGGGCUGAGGAGAGGACUACACAGCAAGAGAAGAGAGAUGAACCAUUCCCAAAACAGCACACCUUCAGUCUCUUUGGUGAAUACAUCUACAGAAACUAGUCCAAAUUAGCAACUGAUACUCUUCAUCGCAACUGGAACGUAUUUUUAAGUCAUAUCAGAGAAAUAUAAUCCGUUUAAUGUUUUUUUCAUGCAUUUUUGUGUAAAUAUACGUUAAAUUUUAUGCAAAAUUCCUCCUAUUUUCUGAUUGGUCGGCUCAAGGUCAUUGUGCGUUCGCAUCUCUUGGGACUCCAUUCUUAAACUUUGCCCUCUGCAGAUUUGCCCCUAAUUGAUCUGUAGUUUUGACCAGUCACUGAAGAUAUUUUUGUCAACCAUUAAUGUCGUUCUAUGGAGUGAAAUUCUUCCCGUUUAUGGAAUAAACUCUUUACAAUGUGCAUGCAGGAAGAGGAUUGUUCGUGUUUGUUAACGCCGAAAAGUAAGAAAGAAGAGAGGAUAUCGCAGUGUGUCAAAUGUCAGGGCCCACCUGCUGUGCUGAUCAGAAAGGAUGAUCCCGCCCUAUGCAGGUCAUGCUUCAUCAGCAGCUGUCUUCAUAAAAUAAAUUCCGCAUUCGGAAAGUACGGAUUGAAUUCUGGGGGAAGCAGUGUGGCUCUAGCAUUUUCUGGUGGCCAGAAUUCAGCAGCCUUAUUGAAACUUAUUUCUGAGAGCUUUAAUGUUUCCAAGAAAACUAGGUUUACACCAAAAGUAUUUCAUCUCACUGAGUACCAGGAGUGUCAAUCUGAUUUAGAUUUGAUUGUAGAUGUAAUGAAACGCACAGGUUUCGAAUACCAUAUUAUGCCUUCAGACGAAAAUUUCAGGAAUGACUUAUUUCAAAGUAAAAUGACUUCAUCAAUGCUCAGCAGCAAACAACGGUACGAAGAUUACUCACGUCUUUCAUCGCUGGUUGAUUGUGCUCGGAGACUUGACUGUAAAUUCUUGAUUUUGGGAGAAUGUGGGAAUAGAAUUGCUGUAAAAUACCUACAGGAAAUUGUAGGAGGUCGUGGAAAUCACAGUAGCAUACAAACGUCAUUUUUAGAUGAGCGUUUCAAGGAUGUAACAAUUGUCAGACCAUUACGCGAUUUUCUUGCCAAGGAAUUAACUCUAUUUGCACACUUUAUGUGCGUGAAGCCAGCGACACCGAAUGAUCCGUUAACAUCGAUUAUGCUUCAAAAUCCGAGUGUAAAUACGCUGGAAAGAUUAACACAGGAUUUUUUAGCUUCACUUCAAGCUGGGGGAUUUCCGUCGACUACUGGAACUAUCUUAAAAACAUCUUCAAAGAUUGUCCUUACCAAUGAUGCUGAGACUGUAUGUGCCUUUUGUCACUAUCCAGUAUACAAAACAUCAUCUUACGGUGACCCUGAUAAAUUGGCUACAGAGUCUAUAAAACAUUCUGCUUCACUGUCAAAUGCCAAUGGACAUACUAAAGAAACCGUUUUGAAAACUGAUAAUGAUGAGUCAUUGUGUAGUUCUUGUUCACUAAUGUUCAAAGAACUUUCUUUUUGUACAUAAAAUGCACUUGUGAUCUAAUUUACUUGUUCAGUUUUGCAAAUGCAUUCUUUGACAUAUUUUCACCGCAAUUCUGUUUUUGCAGCUGACUACCAGACGUGACAAGUUAAGCUAACUAGUAUUAAACCAAUCCUACUUCCAUCAUUAUUAUCGAAUAUAUGCGAUCGAGUUCCCCUAGUAUGCAGAGAAACUUAGACGAGUGUAAAUUAGCAGCUUUGUUUUAAGCAC